CCGGCCACCACCCAGCCUCUUCCCCUCCACCCCUGCUCUCAAAUUUGAGACCCAAACUAUCCCGUCGUCGCCAGUCGCCACGCCGUCGGCCACGCCCCGACGACCAACACCUGCUCCCUCCGCCGCCGCCCGUGUCCUCCCGCUCCGUCCGCGCGCCGCCCUCAUACCUCCAAGCGCGGUUGGAUCUGCUCUGGGUCCAAGUCCGCUCGAUCCUCCUCUCGUCGGAAACUUUAUGUGUGCCUUCAUCCACGAAGAGCUGAAGAUAUCACAUGACUAGUUGCAGUUAGUGUGGCUUUUCUCCCUGCUUGGUCCUGAUUGUGUGCUUUGCCUUGCAAAGGAAGGAAUCAUGACCUCUGUUGUUCAGAGCGUUUCAGGUGACCACAGGGCUGAGGAUCAAAGUCAUCAGAAGAAGCAAACUGAACCUGGGGACCAGCAAGAAGCCCCAGUUACUAGUUCAGAUAGCCAACCAACAGUGGGCACACCAUCAACAGAUUAUGUGGCACCCUAUGCCCCUCAUGACAUGAGCCAUGCAAUGGGUCAAUAUGCUUAUCCAAAUAUUGAUCCAUACUAUGGAAGUCUUUAUGCGGCGGCUUAUGGUGGACAUCCAUUGAUGCAUCCAACAUUAGUCGGAAUGCAUCCGGCUGGCUUACCUUUGCCUACCGAUGCAAUUGAAGAGCCAGUGUAUGUAAAUGCAAAGCAAUACAAUGCCAUAUUAAGACGGCGUCAAUCUCGGGCUAAAGCUGAAUCAGAACGGAAGCUUGUCAAGGGCCGCAAGCCCUAUCUCCAUGAGUCACGGCAUCAGCAUGCCUUGAAAAGGGCCAGGGGAGCUGGAGGUCGGUUUCUCAAUUCGAAGUCAGAUGACAAGGAAGAGAACUCCGACUCAAGUCAAAAAGAGAUUCAGAACGGAGUUGCGCCCCAAAAGGGUGGCCAACCGUCAACCCCUCCGUCUCCCAACGGUGCGUCGUCAGCUUAUCAGGCGCCUAGUCGUGAAUGAUGAUUCGGAACUCACAACUGAAGAGAUUUUAGUCCCUGACGCUAGUUGUGGCAGCAGCUUUGUACAGUAAGUGCUAGCGGGCAGCAGCGAAAUGGUGUCAUAGAAAAACGUUGACGAGUCAGACAGGUUUUGGAGUCUUGGUUUUUUUUCCUCUGUUUAUUUUACCUGUCUGCAAUUUUAGUAGCUUUGUGUCCCUUCCCCUGGAUAGUUUUUUGGUCAGCGCUUAAGAAAGUUUAAGGGCUGAUUUGUUGAUCGGGGAUCCCGAGGGGAUCCAUGGGAGAAAAAUCGUCUUGCUAUUCAAAAUUGUAUUGUAAGGGGAUUCCUCGCCUAUGGAUCCUCUCGAGAUCCCUAACCACCAAAUCAGCCCUAAGUGUGUAGCAUAUUGGUCUAUUGUUUGCUUUUGCUUUGACUUGGAGAUUUGGGAGUGGAGUUCAUAACCUUACCGGAGAUUUGGGAGUUUAAUGAUGUGUUUGGUUUGUGGAGUCACU